AUGCCAUUACAAUAUAGUGCUGCGAGGACUUCGAUAGCACUGAAAAGAAGUCCUACUAAAUCCCCAAUAAAAAAGUUUCAACGGGAGGCAAAAAAACUUUUGCCAUCACAGCGACUUUAUCAACAAAACCGUCUUGCAAAGAGUUCGGUACCGUCGUUGUCACCAUCGCCAUCUUCAUUGGAAUCUCAUGCGUCACAGUCAUCUCAGUCACCUCAGUCACCUCAGUCACCUUCAAGGAGUCGAAAACCGAUAGAGAAAUUAGUAGUAUCUGAUUAUAACGUGGAGCUAGAUUAUCAACUAUCAAAAGAUGACGACAUUAAAAUAGCUAUAGAUAUAAUAAACCUGAAUCGAUGGUCCGAAUCUACAGAGUUGCACGAUAAGCAAAAGUUGAGACAUUUAGAAGGCAAUACUACCGAAGAGGUGAUUUUUCAAAUCAAGGGGUUGUCGCUCACUUCAAAAGCUGAACUUGUCAAAUUUAGACUGUCGUUUCCCAGUGGAAUAGUCACAAUAAAUCAGCUCUAUUCCAUAUUUUCUGCACAAGGAAACACUUUUGUUGACAAGCAAGUAGAGUUGAAUGUUCGUCAAGGAUUACUUCGGAAAUUUGUUUUAAAUAAUGCAUCACCAGUGAUUCUGAGAUCGAUCAAUAGACUUCAGAUGAGAAAAGUCACAUACGGGUACGAGAAUGUUGAGCUUCUUGUCAAGACGGAGGAUUAUUACAAAAACUUGAUCAAUAUUGUGGAAAGCACCGAUAAAGAGAAUGAAAAAUUGCGUUUAACAAUGUCAAAGUUUCUCAAUCUCGCAAAGUCUUCUCCACUGCAAAUGUUCAUUAGCACGUCGCUGUUUGAUGAUUACGAGGUAUCGAUGUUGAUUCAAAUGGGGUACUUAACUUUAACUACAAACUUCUCUAGUAGUGAGGAAGCUCAAUUGGAAAUCUCAUAUCCUGGAUGUGGAAGGUUUCUACGGUUAAUAAAUGAGGGUAGGAUGUGGCUUGUGGGGACUUUGAACCGAAAUACGCAUAAGGAAAUGCUCGAAGAUGAGUUAUUCCGUAAAUGGAUGGGGGUAUCUCUUGAAGGAGACUUGAAAUUGAAUAACUUUAAAAAGCCUUUUUAUGGCUAUGACUUGCAUUGGGUGCUAGCGGACGCAUUUGGAGGAGGUAUUGUGGAAGUUUUCAAUACUCCAGUUGGCCGCGGUUGGAGACUUACAGGAAAAAUCUAA